AUACAACAGUAUUAUCAUUCUUGCUUGAUAUAUAGAGACCCAACAGUACUAAACAUUUCAGAACCUGCAAUAGCAAAGCGCAAAUUCGGACUGCUAAUAAGCUUUUUAGCCUUUUCUUUCACAAGCUCAGACUGAAAAAUGGGCUCUUCCCACAGCUUGAAUGAAAACCCUCGCCAGGGAAAUGAAGGAAUUGAUGUGAACAACAUGACUGUUCUGCAAAAGCAUGUAGCAUUUUUCGACCAAAACAAGGAUGGGAUCAUUUAUCCAUGGGAGACAUACAAAGGUUUCCGUGCAGUGGGUUUUGGUUUCCCUAAAUCAUUUGCUUUUGGAGUGCUUAUCAAUUUAGUGUUGAGCUACUCCACCCUUCCUGGACGGAUACCAUCCUUACUAUUUCCCAUAUAUAUUCAAAAUAUUAAGAAAGCUAAGCAUGGCAGCGACACAGGUGUAUAUGACAGUGAAGGAAGAUUUGUUCCAGACAAGUUUGAAGCCAUUUUUAGUAAAUAUGCACUCACUCAUCCAGACAUGCUCACAAAAGCCGAGGUGGACUCCAUGGUUAAAGCUAAUAGGAUUCCAAGAAACUUUAUUGGACAAAUUCUAGCCAUAGGAGAAUGGGGACUUUUAUAUGAUUUGGCCAAGGAUGAAAAUGGAUUCCUGGAGAAAGAGGCCAUCAGAGGAGUUUAUGAUGGCAGCUUAUUUGAAUUCAUGGAAAAGAAAAAUGCUUCAAGAAAGCAGAGCUAGAAAAUUAUGAUGCUUUUGAAGAUUUUUAAGACUGUUUAAUUUGUAUAUGACAGGCCUGCAUUUAUUCUUUUGAAUUGAUACAGAAUAAUUUGAGUGCCCAAGUGCCACUCUCAUUUUCAGUUUCUUGGCCAUCAAAGGGAUUCCUUCAAUAACUCUGUUAUCUCACUUUUGUUAAUCAAAAUAAAUUCUUUCUGAAAUCAUUUUUAUUUCUUAA